UGGAUAUUCUACCUUAAUCCUUCUCUUGGUCCAGCUUGUGCAACUGUUUCAAAGUGUUGCUUUGUUUUGACAUUUAAGCUCAGCCUCUCUUCAGUGGAAAUAAUGAAGUAUUCUAUUCUGUUGAGCUUUGAUUUCAGAGCGGCAGGUCGGCAAGUCCAGUCAAGUUAUUUGGUGAUCUGACCUCGUUCAAACCCUGAACACUUGCCUCCUCCAUGUUUGAUGACAGCAUGUGCAUGUAGAACAUUCUUAACCAGCCAGUGUUUGGGACAGUCAUACAGCCAGUAAAGGGGGAGAAGGAGAGGUGAACCAUUGAGGGAAAGGGUUCGGUGGCACUGACGCGUGUCUGAGGGUGAGAGAUGUGUGUGAAUCAGCCUGGGCAGCAGACAGAAUCACCCCCAACCAUUCACUGUGCUCCAGCCCUGACAGGCAGAAAGAGCCUUAUUAAUGAACAGGGCCUGCUCUGAAAAAAAACUGCACAUGCCAAUGGAAUGUAAUAGGAGUUAAUGUGGUAGUUACCUCACAUACAGGGGCAGCAAGUGAGAGGCACACACACACACAUUGCCAAACCCCCAUGGAACAGAGAGAGAGGUGCAGCGGGAAGAGAGGGAUAGUGAUAGAGCAAACGGGGGGGUGGUAGAGAAAGCAGAGAAGGGUGGAUGGGGGAGGGAGAAAAGAAGGAGGUGAUUGUUGGGGAGUUAGGAAGAAUGUAUAAAACGAGGGCCAGAGAGAAGGGGAGAGAGUCACUGAACAGAAAGAGAGAGAAGAAACAUUGGUGGCAAGAUUUCGAAAGCAAUAAAGGACUAUCGAAAAAUCAGAUACCAUGUCCACCAAUAAGGAUUGUCCACCUCCACUGAUAAUCCUCUUACUGGCCCUUCUUAAUGGCUCCUCCUCCUUUGCCGCACCUUCUGACGUCUCAUGGACCAACCACACAGCCACCCUGCCUCUGAGGCCAAACGGAGACACGUACGACCUAUUGCAGCUCCACUCAGACGACUACUACGAUACAUUUACGGAUCCACCCAGUCACCCCCCACCUGCCCCCUCACAGGGCACCAAUCCUCAACCCUGUGACUAUGACCCCUGUCGAGAGCAACAGCCUCCCUGUUCCCAGCUAGCAGCAUCCAGCGGCUGCCUGUGUCCGGGGGUGAGUGGGCCCCAUGUGGCCCCAGAGGCUCCCUACCUGAAGAGACUGUCUAUGGACGGUUCAGGAGUUGUGGUUCAGUGGUGUGCACCAUUGUCUUUCGUGACCCAUUAUAAGGUGGUGGUGGGUACGCUGGAGCCAUUGGUGUUUGGUGUAGACCAGAGGAGUGGUACUGUGAGGGGGAUGGGGCAGGGGGCAGAGGUGUGUGUGGUGGCGGUGAAUUAUGUUGGAGUCAGUGAGCGUCAGGAGGGGUCCUGUACGAUGUACGAGCCCCCUGGGGACAGCAGUGUGGCCCUCAAAGCUGGGCUGAUCGGAGGGGCCCUGGGGCUCCUGUUGCUCCUCUCACUGGCUGUCCUGCUAUGGAGGCACAGGGCUCGGAGAAAAGCAGAUGCCAGGAUCACCCAGGCCACAGAGGAAACACUAUGAGAGGACUGAGGGUGGGCUAUGGUAGAGGUUGACUCAGGGGUGGCUAUCUAGGGCUGAGAAUAGAGACAUUUUAUUCCUACUCUUAUGGUUAAAAAUAAAAGCUAUGCAGGAAGGCUCUUUAGUCAUAAGUUUCACACCAAGUUGACAGAUAUUUAGGAGACCUCAUGAGCUCUCCUAACCAGUUAAAAGUUACCAGCAGAUGUCUUGAUAAUAGAACAAUGCAGUGAGUCAGUGGUUCCUCCUGUGCCACAUGCAAUUGCUUUGGAGUUGUUAAAAGACUGUUUUGAUAUUUCUAUAUGAUCAAUCCAUAAAUAAUCUAGACCUACAUGCAACAGUACCUCUCGCGCUUUUGACAAUGAUUUCACAUGAGGCCUAUUUCACAAAUACUUAGGCUCAUAAAUAAACAUGUUUUUCUUUCAAUUAUUUAACUACCUACAUCAUGUUAUUUCAAGUUAUCCAUUUGGAGAGCAACAUCACCUUGAAUUUUAGGACUCCUUUAGGUAGUCAUUGGAACAGUCAUUGGGGCUUAUAAAUUCAGGGGAUUAUAAUAAUAUGAAUUCAGCCUUUACUACUCAAGCCCAUAGAAAGGCAUUGAAUAACACAUUCAUGAAUGUUAAAAAGACAAUAAAAAAAUAUCUUAUAAAGAAUACAGUUUUGAAGUGUCUAUCUAGGAGAUAUAAGAAAGCUCAGGAAAUACACUACAUGAUCAAAAGUAUGUGGACACUCAAUAAAUCAGUCAAUGAAUCAUAUGUAUUUAUAAAGCCCUUUUUACAUCAGCUGAUGUCACAAAGUGCUGUACAGAAACCCAGCCUGAAACCCCAAACAGCAAGCAAUGCAGAUGUAGAAGCACGGUGGCUCGGAAAAACUCCCUAGAAAGGCAGAAACCUAGCAAAAAAUCUAGAGAGGAACCAGGCUAUGGGUGGCCAGUCCUCUUCUGGCUGUGCCUGGUGGAGAUUAUAAGAGUACAUGGCCAUUUAAGGCCAGAUUGUUCUUCAAGAUGUUCAAACGUUCAUAGAUGACCAGCAGGGUCAAAUAAUAAUCACAGUGGUUGUAGCGGGUGCAACAGGUCAGUACCUCAAGAGUAAAUGUCAGUUGAGACAACUGUACAAUCAUCAAGAUUAAUUGUCAGAUCCAACAGCAGAUCUCUUUGUUUCUUGGGACCUAGAACUAGCAUCUCUGUUUUGUCCGAGUUUAAACGCAAAACAUUUGCCGCCAUCCACUUCCUUAUGUCUGAAACACAGGCUUCCAGGGCAGAACAAUUUUGAGGUUUCACCAUGUUUCAUCGAAAUGUACAGCUGUGUGUCGUCUGCAUAGCAGUGAAAGUUGACAUUGUGUUUCUGAAUGAACUCACCAAGAGGUAGAAUAUAUAGUGAAAACAAUAGUGGUCCAAAAACGGAACCUUGAGGAACGCUGAAACUUACCAUUGAUUUGUCAGGGGGCAAACCAUCCACAGAGACAAACUGAUAUCUUUCAGACAGAGGCAAGAACAUGUCCGUGUAGAUCACUUAAGGUUUCUAAUCUCUCCAAAAGAAUGUGGUGAUCGAUGGUGUCAAAAGCAGCAUUAAGGUCUUGGAGCACGAGGACAGAUGCAGAGCCUUGGUCUGGCGCCAUUAAAAGGUAAUUUACCACCUUCACGAGUGCUGUCUCAGUGCUAUGAUGGGGUCUAAAACCAGACUGAAGCAUUUCGUAUAUAUAUUAUUUGUCUUCAGGAAGGCAGUGAGUUGCUGCACAACAGCUUGUUCAAAACAUUUUGAGAGAAAUAGGAGAUUCGAAUAGGCCGAUAGCGUUUUACAUUUUCCAGGUCAAGGUUUGGCUUUUUCAAGAAAGGCUUUAUUACUGACACUUUUAGUGAGUUUGGUACAACAUAGGGGGGCCAAGCACAGGAAGUAGCUCUUUCAGUAGUUUAGUUUGAAUAGGGUCCAGUAUGACGGUUUGACGGUUUAGAGGCCAUGACUAUUUUCAUGAAUAUGUCAAGAGAUACAGGAUUUAAAAAACUUGAGUGUCUCCAUUGAUCCAGGUCCUGGGAGUUCUGUGCAGUCUCAGGACAACUGAGCUUUGGAGAAAUACACAGAUCCAAAGUGAAGUCCGUAAUGAUCGUGAUCUUUUCAUCGAAGAAGUUAAUGAAUUUAUCACUGCUGAAGUGAAAGCUAUCCUCUUUUGUUGAAUGCUGCUUUUUAGUUAGCUUUGCGACAGUAUCAAAAAUGUAUUUAGGAUUGUUCUUAUUCUCCUCCAUUAGGUUGGAAACAUAGGAUGAUCGUGCAGCAGUGAGGGCUCUUCGAUAUUGCACAGUACUGUCUUACAAGCUAGUCGGAAGACUUCCAGUUUGGUGGCGUGCCAUUUCCUUUCCAAUUUUCUGGAAGCUUGCUUCAGGGCUCGGUAUUUUCUGUAUACCGGGAAGCAAAUGUCUUGUGACAAAUAUUUUUUGUUCUUAGGGGAUCGACUGCAUCUAGGGUAUUACGCAAAGUUAAAUUAAGAUCCUCAGUUAGGUGGUUAACCGAUUUUUCUACUCCGACGUCCUUGGGGAUUAGGAUAUUGAAUUUGAAUUGAAUACUUUUGAAUUUGUAAUGCACAAAUGUAAUCAUUAAAUUCCUAAAUUGAACUUCUAUUUCAUGAUUUGAAACUGAAUUGAAUAAAUAUUGCAUUCAGAUUAAAAAUUAUAUUUCAAUUUAAUUCAAUAUUCUAAUUCAAUAUUUAUAUAUUCAGUUUCAAUAUGGUAGAUAUCACAGUCAUUUUCUGUGUAUCAAGUUUACAAACCAUUAUUUCAAGUUGACCAAAGUUUCAUAAUUUCUCAGAUCCAUUCAGAUACAGUUUUCAAAUUUAGUUUUCAAAUUCAGUUUCUAAAUUCAGUUUCUAAAUUCAUAUUCAAAACUGGUCACAACAUCUGGGUACUUUGACAGCCAGGAAAAGUAGAAGAACAAUGAUAAAUCUUACUCUCUUCCAACAAUGAUAAAUCUAACUCCCUACACUCGGGCUCCCGAGUUCCGCAGCGGUCACAUGCUGACCAGACUGGACACGUCGCGUGCACGAGCGUCGCAAAAUAAAUGUUGAAAUCCAUCUUUUUCAAUUAUUGCACACACACUGCUCGCGCCCGCUAACGAGUGUCUGCAAUGCCAAGGGCUAACACGGAACCCAAACCGUCUGCGCGCGUGCGCCAUCGUGCGCUAUCGUGCAUACAUUUAUUUUGUCCCACUACACCAAACACACAGGUUAAAAUAUCAAAACAAAUUUGGGGACAGGUCGAAAAGCAUUAAACAUGUAUGGAAAUUUAGCUAGUUAGCUUGCAAUUGCUAGCUAAUUUAUCCUAUUUAGCUAGCUUGCUGUUGCUAGCUAAUUUGUCCUGGGAUAUAAACAUUGAGUUGUUAUUUUACUUGAACUGCACAAGGUCCUCUACUCCGACAAAUUAAUCCACACAUAAAACGGCCAACUGAAUCGUUUCUAGUCAUCUCUCCUCCUUCCAGGCUUUUUCAUCGUUGAACUUAUAUGGUGAUCGCAUCUAAACUUUCAUAGUAUUACCAGACUACCGGCAAAACAGUUCGUCUUUCAAUCACCCACGUGGGUAUAACCAAUGAGGAGAUGGCACUUCGGUACCUGCUUCUAUAAACCAAUGAGGAGAUGGGAGAGGCAGGACUUUCAACGCGAUCUGCGUCAGAAAUAGAAAGGAGUUCUAUUUUAGCCCUUGGCAUCGCACGCGAGCAGUGUGGGUGCAAUAAUUGAAUAACAUGGAUUUCAAAAUGUAUUUUGCGACACUCGCACACGCAACGUGUUCGGUCUGGUCAGCAUGUAAAAUAGAACUCCUUUCUAUUUCUGACGCAGAUCGCGCUGAAAGUCCUGCUUCUCCCAUCUCCCAUUUUGCGUUUAAUUUAAAUUCAUCAGAGGAACCAAAACGGCACAAAACAGGCUUCUUAUGAAGCUGCAGAUGUAAAGGACAAAUUUUGCGUCAUGAUUCAUCUACAGCAGGCAAGUCAAGUAGAUGGAGGUCUUUCGACGGUCAGACGCGGAGGCUGAGGCUGCUUACACUCUACGACGGGUACACUUCACCCAUCUGGACUUCCUGGGGGACACUUUUAGACCAUGGUAAAGCUAGGACAAUAUGGCCACACCAUCUCCAACUACAAGACCAGUACAUGAUAAAAUGUACAAUGAGCCCAGAAGACACCCCCCCUCAGUGCAACCAUCAGUCCAAGCCCCAAUGGACCAAGCACAAAGUGGGUCAAGUCCAGAUGGAGAGACACCCCAGUCCUCCAGAAGGAGAUUCCAUCCCAGUGGGAAUAAUCAGGCAAAGAAGGAGGUAUAUGCCAAAGUUCUUGCUUACCUACGAGAACCAGCACCCACAGCCACAGAGUCUGAUCCAUCUGCAGUUUCUGGGAUGCUACCAAGACUUCAAUUGAUGGCCAAAAGUGGACAUCCAGCAACUGCUGCUAAAGUAUCUUUUUCAAGAUUUAAAUAGCGAGUGAGAAUUGAGAGAGCAGAGAUAUUGAAAUGGUGAAUUAUGUUUGUAUGUAUUCAUUGUGCAUACAUUAUUAAAUCGAUUAACCUACA